CCUCCAUCUCUCUCUCUCUCUCUCUCUCUCUCUCUCUCUCUCUCUCUGUGGUAAUGGCGAAGACCUAUGCGUGGUGCUUCUCCCAUUUCUCGUUUCAUCUCGCGAUUUCUCACGCUCGGUACGCGAAUUCCUCUCCCUCCUUCGCGAACUGCCCCAGACUCUCGCCGUUUUCUCGCGCUCCGCCAUCUCGUCCGCCAUCGUUUGCCGUUAAGGCCUCGCAUUCCGGUGGCUUCUCCGAGGAUGACCUCUUCAGCUUCUUUCCCUGGUCCGAUGGAAACAACGCCAUCGAAUGGGUUCCCGAAGAAAGGAUUACGCUUUUCACUUCUGAUGGGCUAAUUCAGAUUGGAGGCAACAUGGUUCCCCGGCGUGUCAGUUCAUCCGAAAAGAAACAACUGAGAUCAAGGGCCCCAGAAAGAUUUCAAAGAUUUCAAGAAAGUGACUACAUGGAUACACACCAGGGUCUAUGCCUUGGAGCUCUUUUCGACAUUGCAGCAACAAAUGGACUGGAUACGGGGAGAAGGCUGUGUAUUUUUGGGUUCUGCCGCUCUAUCGAGAUGCUCAGUGAUGUUGUCGGAGACACUGUUUUAGAACACGGGGGCGAGAUUGUAGCGGAGGAAAAGGAGAUCAAAGGAGGAUUACACGAAAAGCUAACGAUGACGGUUUCGGUACCGUAUCUAUGGGGCGUCCCUCCGGCCUCGGAAACGCUUCAUCUUGCCGUUCGAAGCGGUGGAGGCAUCGUAGAGAAGGUUUACUGGCAGUGGGAUUUCUUGUAAGUGAAAAAAAAGAAAAACCAAACUUCCUAACUCUCCACAUAUUUAUCUCUCCCAACAAUGUAUAUAACAUUCAUUCUAUGAAACUGUACAGAACAGAACCAUAACGUUAUGUAACUUAGUCCCUCACUAAACCGGUCGGUUAUCUAUAGAUUGUUCUGGUGGAUC